AUGGUUCGAUUCAAAAAGUCACGCAGCUCGGCGUUGAAAGACAAGACAUCUUCCGCCACUGCAGUCUCUUCGGCAUUGCCAUCAUCAUCACAACAGCCGCAACAGCUGCAACAGCGGCAACAGGCUUUUGGAAUCAAGACUCUGCAUGAGGAUGAAAACAGCACAAUAGACAUCUUAUUUGUGCAUGGCCUAAGGGGUCAUCGCGAGAACACUUGGAAGGCAAAGGACGCUUCAGAACCGUGGCCUCAAGCCUUACUGCCUGUUGAAAUUCCGAACGCACGGAUACUCACCUUUGGGUAUGACGCCGCCGUAACAGAUUUGGGGAGCAUGGUUUCGCAAAAUACCAUUGCAGGCCAUUCGGGGAAUUUGCUUUCUGCGCUCGCGACCCAUAGGAGAAAGAAUGCAACUGACCGUCCCAUAAUAUUUGUCUGCCAUAGCUUAGGUGGUCUUGUCUGCCAAGAUGCCCUGUCUUAUGCAAGUCAAAGCGACGAGCCGCAUCUCAAGCAAGUUUUUCAUUGCACUUGCGGGAUGAUAUUUCUUGGCACUCCGCACCAUGGUUCUGCUCUCGCACACUGGGCAAAAGCCUUAGCAGAGGCUUUUAAAAUUUUGCAUCAAACAAACUCCGAUAUUCUGGCUGUCCUAAAGAAAGAUUCUGAAGUUCUAGCGCGUGUCCAGAGCAGUUUCCAUAUCUUGAUGCGAUCGCGAAAAUACCCAUCAAAGCAAGGCCCAAAGAUCAACAUUACCUGCUUCUACGAGGAGCUGGCUGUGCUUGGCGUUGGUCAGGUCGUUCCAAAGGACUCCGCAAUCAUCCCUGGGUACAUAUCUAUCGAAAUUCGUGGCAAUCAUAUGGACAUGACGAAAUUUGGAGAUUCAAAUGACGCUGGAUUUGUAGCCGUCGCUGGGGAGCUGUCUCGAUGGUGCGAGGAAGUCUCUCUCUCCAAUGCCGCUGGCACCAGUGUAACAUCGUCGCGGGAAGGGUGCAAUAUGAUACCUUUUGAUAGAGACCCAAAGUUUGUCGGUCGAGAAGAUGUCAUAAAGGAGAUUGACCGACGGUUCGAGCAUCAGAGACAUGUUGCCCUAUGUGGCUUGGGCGGAGUAGGGAAAUCCCAAAUUGCCAUCGAAUACGCUUAUCGCUUCCAGCAAAAACACCCUGAUGCACACGUCUUCUGGGUUUAUAGCAUACAAAUCGGCCAAGAGGUUAAUGUUCUUCGACUAGUAUGUGAAGCACUCAGCAACAGCACAUGCGGCCAGUGGCUCUUAGUAUUGGACAACUUGGAUGACAUGAAAGUGUUGGAAAGUACGGCAGAAAGCCCGUUUCAGGUAGAAGAAGCUACGAAAUCGCCGCUGAAGGCUUACCUACCACGCAGUUCGAAGGGUUUGACGUUAACCACCACAAAGAAUUGCUUGGUCGGCAACUGGAUGACAGACAAUGAGAUAACCAGGAUUGAGCCACUGGACGAGUCCGACGCUGUAUUGUUAUUUCGAUCAUAUUUAGCCUCUGGUUAUAUGUCGGACUUCAAUGACUACCUUGAGCUAAACUGCCUUAAGCUGGUCAAGGCUUUGGAAUAUAUGCCUCUUGCAAUUACGCAGGCUGCCGCAUACAUACGGAAUAACGAGGUAUCACUUGACGAAUAUCUUGAGAUACUUCACAAAAGUGACGAGGAACUGAGCAGUCUCAUGGAUGAGGAGGAGAAAGACAGUAGGAGGGACUUUCAAAGCAAUUGUUCAAUCUUCCGAACAUGGAAAAUUUCUUUCGAUAUGAUUCGCCGAUCUUGGCCUCGCGCGGCAGAUAUAUUAUGCCUUAUGGCUGUUUUGGACAGGCAGGGAGUACCGGAAAGACUUCUAAAGUGCCAGAAAGAGCUCGAUGCUGAAUUUAAGAGAUCUCUCGGGAGACUAAAGGCCUUUUCGUUGAUCUCCGCAACAAAACUUGACGGUGACCUUGGCAUGCACCGACUGGUUCAGCUCGCUGUACGCGAGUGGAUCACGCGCGAUAAAGAGAUAUACAAAUACCAGGAAGAGGCCCUGGAGGUUAUGGCGCGUGAAUUCCCUCCUAUAACAUAUGAGAACUGGACUUGGUGUCAGGCAUUGCUUCCACAUGUAUUGGUGGUGAUCCGGUAUAAAACUUCUGAUGAGAUGAUUAUACCUCGCGCACGCCUUCUCCAAAAUUUGGGCAUAUACGGGGUGGAGGAAAGGAUGUGUGGUCUUGCAUUUGCGACACUAUCAGGGGCUCUAGCGCUGUGGUCAAAGUGUGUGGAACUUGAUAAGAAUGCUGACGCACUAGUAUGCCGUUUCUAUAUCGCAGUAACAUUAUUUGCGCAGGGCAAGUAUACGGAAGCCGAAGAACUGCACCGAAAAGUCUUGAAGUACCGUAUAGAGUCGCUGGGACAAGAUCACGAUGACACGUUGAAAAGUAUGUAUCAUAUUGCAAUAGAAUCGAUGGUCCGAAGAAAAUUCAAGGAAGCGAGGGAUAUGUGUCAGCAACUACUCGAAAAACAGAAAAAGAUUCUAGGCCUUGAGCAUCAAGAUACUAGGCGAACUAUAAACCUUCUUGGGGGAGCUCUUGUGGCGCUAGGAAGAUGUGACGAGGCCAUACAGAUGUAUGAACAAACAUUACAGUAUUGCAAGGACAAUAUUGGGCCUGAGAGCAAAGAGACACUCGCCGUAAUGAUUAGGCUUGGAGUUCUUCUCGUCGGCAGUCCAAGGCAUGAGGAAGGUACGCAGAUGUUGAAACAAGUAAUUGAGGUACGAAACAAAGUGCUUGGGCCUCAGCAUCCUUGGACACUUUCUGCCAUGGGUCACCUCUCAACUAGCUAUGCCAGCCUCGGAAAGCACGAUGAAGCCAAAGAGCUGCGCGAGAAAGUGGUUGCGCCACUUCUGGAAUGGUCUGGGCCUGAAAACAAAUCGAAAUUAGCGCAGAAGACCGACCUUGCCGCCGAGACCCUUUUCAUUCUGGACAACAUCGGGCAAGCUUUAGAGAAUCACAGGGAAUUUGUAAGGCACCACAAGGAGGGAUUGACUGUGAGGUCACAAGAGCUCCCAAUGCAACUAAUAACGGAUAUUAUGAGAAUAAUAGAAAGUAAACAAACUUGGAUUAAACUUCGAAGAGUAGAAAAUGGAAAAUAG